AUGACAUCUAAGACACUGCCCCGGGCACAGACCUUGGUUGUCGUUCUAGCAACAUGCGAAGCAGCCGAGAGGUUAGGAAUUGACCCCGAGGAUGGGUACAAUCUAUACGCGCCCAGAAGGCUCCAGCACUGUUUGUUUCCGGCUCAGCUCUCUUUCGGGUUCCUUGACGACGGCAGCAUCUGCAAACAGACCGCGGCGCUGGAUUCAAGCGCAAGAAAAUUCAAGAUCGACCACAACCCUCAAGUCGCAGCUACAGGCCUUGUAUACCUCACGUUUCUCCACGCACACAAGCCCGACACCGACGGCGAAACCAGCUACGUCAUCAAACCGGCCCCAGACAGCGACGUGCGGGCUCUGCACCUCGAGCUUCCGCUGCCGUGGCCGAAUUUCGACGCCUUCAAGGGGAUCAAGCAUGUGGCGCUAGGGUUCUCGCUGAGACCCAGGACACGAGCGCUGUGCCCCGAGCUAUUCGCGACGUGCACAAGUCAGCCCAGCUCGGGGCCAUUCGAAUUCACUGGCUACGGGCACUUUCUCGCCUGCCUGCCAGACCUCAAGGUAGUCCAUCUCCACCUGCUCGACGCUGCGUCGACGGAGGAGCUCGAGGCAGUGCACAAAGCGCCAGCGCGCUGGCGAUACCGCCUGACCAGGGAAGUGGGGGGGCCACUGUUUAUCGACCAACUGCUCAAGGUCGUCAUCGAACUCCGGUUCCACUUCAUGCGGGCCCCGUCCAUGUGCCGGCUGCUCGGCGACUUCAGUCUCCACGAGCUGUGGCAAGUCAUGACCAGGAGGCUGGCAGUCCAGUUCAGGUCGUCGUCGUCGUCGUCGCCGCCGUCGUCGUCUUCGACCCCGCAGUCAUCCUCGCGUCUUCCCCAGCUCGCUUUUCUGGUCGCGGGCGGCACUAUAGGCUGGUUUGGGGCCGACGCUAUACGCAAUACGAAGGCGGUAAGGAUUGGAAAGAAUGUUAAUGGUCCUCCUGCGCUCAGCGUCGACGCGGGGUAUCCGUUCAAAUACCUCUCCCCGCUAUCUCCAGCACAGGCGACGGAACUUCUCAACAAGGGCUCUUAUUCUAUUUCCUUCAAUGAUUCGGAUGACAGCGGAGUGACACGCUACUACGGUAGCCAAGUCGCCUCCAACAAGCCGUGCGAGGACGUUCAUAUUCACGGCAAAUUCCCCUCGCCCUCACCUGGCGGUCGCGACUGGUUGGCCUGGGGCAUUUUCGACGGCCACCUGGGCAGCCAGACCUCGCAAGCCUUGGCACAGACUCUGGUGCCGUACACCCACCACUCCUUGGCCAAGCUCACGGACAGCAGCAAUGACGACGCAGCCGUCCACCAAGCGCUCAAGGCCGCAUUCCUGGAGCUCGACGAUGACUUCGUCAAGCACGCCGAAGAAAUAGCCAACAGCGACGAACCAUUCUCAGUCAAAGUAGCCCGCCUGUCGACCGGGUCCAACGGGUCCUGUGCGCUCCUGUCUCUGUGGGAUCCCUCGGUGCGAAAGUUGCACGUUGCCCUCACGGGCGACUCGCGCGCCGUGCUGGGCCGCCGGAGCGAGGACGGCACGGGCUGGGAGGCGGUCCCUCUCUCGGUCGACCAGAGCGGCAGAAAUGAGGCGGAGAUUGCGCGUAUUCACGCCGAGCACCCUGGCGAGGAAGACAUUGUGAAGAACGGGCGUGUGAUUGGCCUAGCCACGGCCCGAGCCUUUGGCGACGGCCACUGGAAAUGGCCAGCCGCACUCCAAGUAAACAUGAGGCGCCGCUACUUCACCGACACGCUGAGAGCGAACCAGCCAGAGAUAUACAAGACGCCGCCGUACAUCACGGCCGAGCCCGAAAUCACAACAACACAGCUGAAGCCCGGCCAGCCGGCUUUUAUGAUCCUAGGGAGCGACGGCCUGUGGGAUACUAUGGGCAAUGAGCAGGCGGUUGAUCUUGUGGUACGAUGGUUGGACUGGAAAGCCAAAGGAAAGCCGGCAGCACCUGCAUUCAAGACGUCUGGAAACGCUGACUGGUCGGGCUGGAAAACGCCGGAAGAGUGGUUUACCGUCCAGGACGACAACGUCGCGGUCCAUCUCACUCGAAACGCUUUCGGCGGCGCUAAUCAGGACGUGGUCAGCGGCAUUCUUUCCCUCAAGCCGCCGUAUUCGCGCCAUGCCCGCGAUGACAUGACGGUACAGGUCGUGUUCUUCAAUUUCUGA